CGGCCGGCCGGGCGGCAUGGCGCGCCCGCGGCCCCGCGAGUACAAGGCGGGCGACCUGGUCUUCGCCAAGAUGAAGGGCUACCCGCACUGGCCGGCCCGGAUCGACGAGCUCCCCGAGGGAGCCGUGAAGCCUCCGGCCAACAAGUACCCCAUCUUCUUUUUCGGCACCCAUGAAACGGCGUUCCUCGGCCCCAAGGACCUCUUCCCCUACAAGGAGUACAAAGACAAGUUCGGAAAGUCAAACAAGCGGAAAGGAUUUAACGAAGGAUUGUGGGAAAUAGAGAACAACCCCGGCGUGAAGUUCAUGGGGUACCAGGCCAUCCAGCAGCAGAGCUCUUCGGAGACCGAGGGGGAGGGCGGGAAUACCGCGGACGCCAGCAGCGAGGACGAGGGCGGCCGCGUGGAGGAGGACGGCCAGGGCAAGCGCAAGAGCGAGCGGGCGGGCUCCAAGCGGAAAAAGCCGUACCCCUCCAAGAAAUCCUCUAAGCAGUCCCGGAAGUCUCCGGGGGACGAAGACGACAAGGACUGCAAGGAGGAGGACAAGAGCGGCUCCGAGGGGGGCGACGCCGGCAACGACACGAGGAGCGCCGCUGCGGACGUGCAGAAGGGCGGCGAGGGGACCUAACGCUGCCGCGAGCGCCGCCUGCGGAGAGACCCACGGAAGCUCCUGUGUCGGCCGUGACGUCCUCGGAUCUGACAGGAACAACACACAAUCCCGUCGUCACCGGCAGAGCCCCAGUUUGUAUGCACAUGUUCACAUUCCUCUCUGUUGUGUUUGGGCAAAAAAAAAAAAAAAAAAGACAUUUUAGUCUUUUUUUAAGGUUACUGAUUUGAUUCCAUGUUAUUCGGUUGCAUGAAGUUGCCCUGAACCACUAAGGAUUAUCCAGAUUUUUGCACAAACUUAACCGUGUCUAGGAUCCUCUCGACCAAGGCGUUCUGUCCCUGACGCUCCUGCCUUUAGCCGCCACCACCAAACACUCAGAUAGAAAUCAGCAUUUUUUAACGACCUCCAGCGUUUAAGGGAUCUCCUCCCCCGACAGAACCGGAGCCAGUUCUAGACACACAGUGCUGGCGUGUGACCCGCCAGGGAAGCUGUCCUUCAGUUCUGAGGCCAUGUGUGACGUCCACCUCGUUGUAAGAUACCGAUCCCACAUAAGCUAGCGCACACUCCUCCAGACUCGCGUCGCCGCGCGCACAGACUCGGUUUCUCUAUGUGAGGUCAGUGACCCCUUCUGUGUUCCUCCAGCGCAAAGGCCACCCUUGGUGGGCCCAGGGCCAGCCCCCUCCGAGCUCUCACCCCAGGUGACCUUUACCUCCUGAGGCUGGAGCUGGCAGCGGCCCUGGGAACAGACAAAGCACUGACUUUUACAUGCAGAUUUCCAAAACCAACUCCGUUUUCUUUUGGGACUAGAAUUAGAAUAGUUGACCUUCAUCCACACCCAUUACUAUGUGCACAUUAUUGUUGCUAUUGUGAUAAUAGAGAAUUUUAUUUAUUUUUAUGCCAGCUCAUAUCGUGAGGACACAUUUACUAGUCGGUUUGGGUUUUAUCGAUCCUGUUAUGCUCGUCCUUGGAACAUCUUUCGCGUACUCAAGGUUUGUAGUUGAAAAGUUUACUGUAAAAAAAAAAUCAAAAGCAAAAAAAAUGUAUUGUUUUUACAGAAUAAAUUUAUUGGAAUGUGUACCGGGAGUAAGAUUCGAGGCUGUAAAUGCCUCAGUUAGUGUGACUUGGCUUCAUACAUGUAACGUGAGGUAUCAAUGUAAUUCAUAUAUUAAAGCAAAACUUGUUCACUCUAAGUUGACAGUAGAAUCAAGCGCAGGCGAGGGUUUUCUUUUUCUCUCUCUUUUUUCAAGCACUCUUUGGUCUUUGAGCUUUUUGAAAACAUCUGGGGGAGGGAGAAUGGCCCGUGAUUUCUUGCGCAUCUGAGGGAAUAUUUGCCAGCUCACAGACCCCGAAUUCACAUACUCGACACUGACCCCUAUAUUCUUUUAGCGAAGAGCUAAUAAAUGAAAUGAGGAGAAAAUGUGAGACGCUCUGAAGCCUGGGCCGUUGGUGGAAGA